UAUCAUCCCUCUCUUUUCCUCCCUUUUCACACACACAACUUCUCUCUUCUCCAAACGGGAACUUAAUUUUCGAAUCCUCAAAUCUGCAUCUAAAAACCCCUCUUUUCUUUACAAUGUUAGGAACCCUAACCAUCCCCGCCAGAAAUUCCCUCUGUUACUCGCCGGAGAUUAACCGAUUUUCUUCCGUCAGGUCUCCGCCUAGUACCCCUACAACGGCACGGAGAUUUACCAAUCGGAGAUGCACGGUUUCCUCCGUUUGCGCAUCACCCGAGGUCGAUUCGGUCACUGCCACGGAGACGCGGAGGCCGGGGAGCCUGUACGAGGUGCUCCGGGUAAAGCGUACGGCGUCGCCGACGGAGAUCAAGACAGCGUACCGGAGCCUGGCCAAGAUGUACCACCCGGAUGCGGUGCGAUCUGACGGCCAGGAUUUCAUGGAGAUCCACAACGCAUAUGCCACGCUGUCCGAUCCGGCGGCCAGGGCGCUCUACGAUCUCUCCUUGGGUGCCCAGUUCCAGAGGCGACCCUUCGAGUUCUCCGCCGCUCGUAACCGGUCCGGAUUUUACCCGACCCGGAGAUGGGAAACCGAUCAGUGCUGGUAGGAGCGAGAAUAGGACCUCCCACUGAAAUAUUUUUCUUUUCUCUAAUUUCCUCUUGUAUUUUUUUGGGAUUUUGGGAAAAAUGUAAACCUGUCACUGUGAUGUGGCAAUAGUAGAGCAACUCUGUAAAUUGUAGCGCUAGGUCUUUUUUUUUUUUUUUGGUUAGAAGAAAAUGAGUAAAACAAAAAUAUAUUUAUAUAUUUAUAUGUGUUUUUGAUAUUUUGGAAA